CCUCAUCAACUCUCUGAACCCGGAAUUCGUGUUGCAUGUCCGCGUCGCAAUUCCGUUUUGCACAAGUCAUUGGAGAACAAUGGCUUCCAUCUCCUCUGCUGGAGAGGCUGUGUCGCGAGUCGCCUACUUAUCCAGCGAUGCAGUGGUGUCCGUUCAACCAUCUCUAGCUCAGGAUUCGGAAUUCUCCUCGCAUCUCCGAGAAUACGCUACGAAACAGUUACUGAGCAUUGUCUCACGAGACACGCCCGAGAUCCUGUCGGUACGACAUAAUGCGGAUCCUCUACUUUCCGUAUUCGAUCCAAUUCGAAGCGGGAAGCUCGUCUCGGUGACCACCACGUCCUCGGUUCUCCUCCGUGCCAUCCCCUACCUCUACAAACUCGCCCACUACCCGGUCGUCAUCCACGUCUCGCUAGAGCCGGGCGAGUACCCCGACUACUCCUCCAUCACGUCCAUCCGUCAAUGUGGAUUCAUCUUCCUUCAAUCGGAGAGCCUCCAGGAAGUGCAGGAUCUGGCCGUGUCGGCGCACGCUCUCGCGAUCAAGUCCGGGAAAGGCGUCAUCCACUUCUUCAAUUCCAAUGCCACUGACCAGGAUAAUGAAAUCAAAGACGAGACUCGUGAGCUCGUCAAGCGUGUUGUUGAUGUCGAUGGAGCUCGACUUUGGCAAGCGGCGAAAUCCGAUGACUGGGGAAUCUACGCCGACGAAGGAAGGCGAGCCACCACGACGGUUUUCGGCGAAGAGAAGCCCCUCAUCACCGGCGUUCCUUCUCAACUGGAUCCCGCUGUCUCAGAAAGACUAAAGCAGGACAACGCAAGCGCAAGAGAAUCGUCGGCGACCUCCUCAUCAAAUGCAGACAGCAGCGGUGACAGCGCGCCAAUCUCUUCCGCAGCCACUUCAAUCGAGCCAGCGUCCACCCGCCCGAUCAAUACCGAUGAUAUCUCUAAGCACAUCGGCCAAAUAUGGGACACGAUCCACGAUUUGACCGGGCGGACGUACGAGCCCUUCUCAUACUCGGGAUCCAGCCGGGACCAGGCCGCUCUGUUUGUCUUCGGCGCAGAUACGGCGCUUCUAGCCAAGGCUAUCGAUUCAGCGGGCUCGACCGAUCAGUUCGCUAAGGUCGGCAUUAUCACCGCACGGUUAUACCGGCCUUGGUUGACGCUCAGCCUGGCUGAUUUACUUCCGAAAUCGUUGAAGAAGAUCGCCGUUCUGGAGCAGGUCCGACGGAAGACGACGAAGUGGGGUCCGUUGCUGCUUGAUGUGCUCGCAACGAUCAGGACUCCGGGCUCCGCGAACCCUAGCAUUGUUGGCUAUCAGCUUGGAUAUAUCACCGAGGCCACCGCUCAGCAGGCUUUGAAAGGGAUCUUCCAGAAUCUCGCACUAGAGACUCCGAUCCAAAAUCUUACCGUUGGCCAGCCAGAUGGCCCAAACGAGGAGCAGCUAACAGGACAGCUCCAGCAACCUGAAUUGGAGAACGCCUACUUCAAGAUCUUGGACCAGCUGUUCCCCGAACGGCUCUAUGUUGCCAACCGGUUGGGAAAAUCGACUGCUGGUUUAGAACCAACCACGUCCAACAGCCCGGAGUUUGGUCUCGGUUCCUUGAUCUCGCGACAGGAAGCAGAAGCACGCUUCGUCGAGAAAGUCAAGCAACUCGUCAAGAACGCAAAUCCCUUUAUCACCUCGGCCCCCCAAGAUUGGCUCUCAAAAUGGCUCUUGGCUCGCCAGGAGCCUAAGAAGCUGCCUGCCGUCGCACAAGAUACCCUCUCGCGCCUCAAUGUCGACGGGUCUACCGCUGCCUCUGAUCUUCUUUCACAAAAGUCUUUCUUCCUCAAUGAAAGCCGCUGGCUGAUCGGUUCGGAUGCUUGGGCUUACGACCUUGCCAAUAGUGGCGUGCAUCACGUCCUCGCCUCCGGACUCAACAUUAACAUGUUGAUCAUUGACUCCACGCCCUACUCAGAGAAGGCUGCCGCCGAUGCAUCCCGAAGGAAGAAAGACAUCGGCCUCUAUGCGAUGAACUUUGGGAAUGCAUAUGUUGCGUCCGUCGCCGUUUACGGAAGCUAUACUCAAGUCCUCAGCGCCAUGUUGGAGGCCGACUCGUUCGAUGGGCCGAGUAUUGUGAUGGCGUACUUGCCGUACUUCAGCGAAACCGAGAGCCCCUUGACCGUCAUGCAGGAAACCAAGAAAGCGAUCGACAUCGGCUACUGGCCGUUGUAUCGCUGGAACCCCAAGGCGGAAGAGAACAGCGAGCCUAACUUCCAUUUGGAUAGCGAACGGGUCAAGCAGGAAUUGAAGGAGUUCUUGCGCCGAGAUCAGCAUAUGAGCCAGGUCAUGCGCAAGCACCCGGAAUUCGCACCGGCCCUAAACAAGGAUUAUGGAAAGGAAGUGAGGGCGCUGCAGAAGCGGAAGGCGAAGGAUGCAUAUGCUCAGCUGCUGGAGGGACUCGCCGGAGCUCCGAUGACCGUGCUGUUCGCCAGUGAUAACGGGAAUGCCGAGAACUUGGCCAAGCGGCUCGCGAACCGAGGCAAGGCUCGCGGCUUGAAGACGAUCGCCAUGGCCAUGGACGAUUACCCCAUUGAGGAUAUCUCGACUGAAGAAAACAUUGUCUUGGUCACCAGCACUGCCGGACAGGGAGAGUUCCCGCAGAAUGGACGGUCGUUCUGGGAAGCGGUCAAGAACUCCACCGAUAUCGACCUUGUCAAUGUCCACUUUGCCGUCUUCAGCUUGGGAGACUCGCAUUACUGGCCCCGAAAGCAAGAUAAGAUCUACUACAACAAGCCGGGUAAAGACCUUCACACGCGUUUUCUCGCUCUGGGUGGCCAGCCUUUGGUCGACUGCGGUCUUGGAGACGAUCAAGACCCUGAUGCCUACCAAACCGGCUAUCAAGAGUGGGAGCCCCAGCUAUGGCAAGCAUUAGGAGUUUCGAACGUCGAGGGGCUGCCGGAGGAGCCUCCGCCAAUCACCAAUGAAGACAUCAAGAUUGCAAGCAAUUUCUUGCGCGGCACAAUCGUGGAAGGGCUGAACGAUCCGACCACUGGAGCGAUCAGUGCCUCCGAUUCUCAGCUCACAAAAUUCCACGGCACCUACAUGCAGGAUGACCGAGAUCUGCGAGACGAGAGGAAAGCUCAGGGUCUUGAGCCCGCAUAUUCCUUCAUGAUCCGAUGCAGACUACCGGGUGGUGUCGCUACUCCCGACCAGUGGAUCAAAAUGGAUGAUAUCGCGACGACGCUCGGUAACGAGACGAUGAAGUUGACCACGCGACAAACCUUCCAAUUCCACGGAGUGGUGAAGGGCAAGCUCAAGCCGGCCAUGCAAGCGAUCAACCGAGCACUCAUGACGACCAUUGCGGCCUGCGGUGACGUGAACAGGAACGUCAUGUGCAGCGUCAUUCCUGAUCAAUCCGCAUUCCAUGCGGAAGUGCACGCAGUGUCGAAGCGUGUCAGCGAUCACCUGCUACCGAAUACGACUGCGUACCAUGAAAUCUGGCUGAAGGAUGAAGACGACAAGAAGACGCUAGUUGCCGGAGACGCGGUCGUGGACAACGAGCCGCUAUAUGGGCCCACCUACCUUCCUCGAAAGUUCAAGAUCACUAUUGCUGUGCCACCCCACAACGAUACCGACGUGUAUGCCCACGACAUCGGCCUGAUCGCCAUCAAAGGCAAAGACGGCAGCCUGGAAGGGUUCAACGUCACUGCUGGAGGAGGAAUGGGCGCGACGCAUAACAACAAGAAAACGUAUCCGCAAAUCGGCCGCAUGAUGGGCUACGUCGCGAAAAAAGACACCCACAUAGCCUGCGAGAAGAUCAUGCUCGUGCAGCGCGACCACGGCGAUCGCAAGAACCGCAAGCACGCCCGUCUGAAGUACACCAUCGAUGACCUGGGCGUCGACGUCUUCCGGUCCAAGGUUGAGGAGAUCUGGGGCAAGGCGUUUGAACCCGAGCGAUCAUUCAAGUUCGAGAGCAACAUCGACACGUUCGGCUGGCAAAAGGACGAGAACGGCCUCAACCAUUUCAUGCUCUUCAUCGAGAACGGCCGCAUCGAAGACACGCCCGAGUUCCCGAUGAAGACCGGGCUGCGCGAGGUCGCGAAGGUGCAUAAGGGCGAGUUCCGCCUCUCUCCCAACCAGCAUCUCGUCCUGUCGAAGGUCGCAGACGAAGACGUCCCGGUGAUGAAGGAGCUGCUGAAGAAAUAUAAGCUGGACAACACCGAUUUUAGCGCCCUACGACUGAGCAGCUCGGCAUGCGUUGCCUUCCCCACUUGCGGUCUUGCGAUGGCGGAAUCGGAGCGGUACCUCCCGGAGCUGAUUACCAAGCUCGAGUCGACGAUCGAGGAGGCGGGUCUCCGCCAAGAUAGCAUCGUCAUGCGCAUGACAGGUUGUCCCAACGGCUGCGCACGACCAUGGCUCGCGGAGGUGGCGUUUGUGGGCAAGGCGUUCGGGGCGUACAACAUGUACCUGGGCGGCGGGUACCAUGGACAGCGGCUCAACAAGCUGUACCGCAGCAGCAUCAAGGAGGACGAAAUCCUGGAGAUCCUGAGGCCGAUGAUGAAGCAGUACGCGAAGGAGCGGGAGGAGGGGGAGCGGUUUGGCGACUGGUGCGUCCGGGCCGGGUAUAUUAAGGCAACGAGAGAAGGGAGGGAUUUCCAUGAAGAUACGGCUGAAGUGGAAGAAGACGACGAGGAAUGAGCGGAUUAUGAUUUCCGUCAUGAUUGCAUUGGGAGGAAGCAUGCGAGCAUAUCGCGUACAUUUCUGCAUUUGAAUAACGGCGCUUGCAUGGAGC